AUGAUUUCAAAGAUUAUAAUUGCCGCAGGACUUAUCACAGUGGUGCAAGGAACCCUUUUUCUUUGCGGUCCCAACGAGAUUUGGUCACUUUUUCCCAAAUGUAGUGACAAAUGUUCAGAUUUGGGUAAACCCUGUUUACCUAGAACUUUAACAAGUUUUCGCUGUGUUUGUAGACCGGGUUUCAAACGAUCUGAUAUUACCAAUAAAUGCAUCCGUAAAGAAGACUGUUGCAAGAAUGGCGAAAUAUACAGCGAAGAUCGAACAGACAGAACCUGUAAAGACGUUAUCAGUAGAACUCUUUUCCCGCCAAUCAAAGAAGGAAAAUGUGUUUGUGUGGUGGGUAAGGUGAGGAUUAAUGGUGAUUGUGUUGAUGAAAGUGAAUGCUACCCCAAGUGUAGUGGUCCAUUUGAAAUUUAUAAAAAAGAAGGUUGUGACCAAAAAUGCAACCUCGACGGAAGCGGUCCUACUGAAAGUGGUUCAAUGGGUCCUGGAUGCUAUUGCCAAGCUGGUAAAAAAAGAAACGAAAGAGAUAACAAAUGUGUGGACCCUAGCAAUUGCGAAUGUAUUGGGGAUAAUGAAUGUUUUACAGCCAGUGGUGGUUGUGAGAAGAAAUGCAAUGAAACUAAAUGUUUAGCAACAACACGUAAAUGCCUUUGUAGUCCAGGAUAUUAUAGAAAAUAUGAAAAUGGUAAAAAAGGUAAAUGCGUUAAGUCUGCUGAUUGCAAGAAACCUUGUAUGACAUGUGGCACAAAGGAUGAAGUAGUUGAAGAGUAGAACGCAAUAAUCAAAAAUGUUCAUUUACUUAGAAAAAAAAAAAAAAAAUGUUUAACUUAAUUUAUUUAUCUUCCAAAAUAAUACCUACU